UGUGUUGUUGUUGCGCCCUUUUUACGGCUGUACGGCAUGUGGUUUGAGAUUGCCAAUCAAGACUUUUAAACUUUUAAUCCAAUGGUUGUUCUAUCCGAAGUCAGCAAUAUGUUUUGGGGUGUGACCUUAGAUGGCGGUAAACACUACACUCAGACAGUGGAGCGCUCUUUCCACAUCUCCAUGGCAGCUCUGGAACCUAGUGCUGCCUCUAAUGGGAAGUUGUCGAAGCAGCCAGUAUCUGUGAUGAUUCAGCAUGACAAGGCAGAAUUCAUGCUUUGUACACUAGAACAGGGACGAGUUUACCAACAGACACUGGACCUCAACUUCACUGAAGGUGAAGAAGUCACCUUCUUCUUAAAUGGCACAGGAAUUGUGCAUCUGACCGGUUACCUGGUGGAGGAUGAGAAUAUGAUGUCGGACCUGGAAGAUAUGGAUGAUGCUGAUCUCAGCAUGGAGGAUAUGUCAGACUCAGACUCUGACACAGCACCUGCUCUUGUGGAUCCAGAUGAUAGUGAGGACAGCGACGAUGAUGAAGACGAGAGCCCUGCUAUAACAGUUUCAAACAAAAAACGAAAACAGGAACAGAAAGAAAAACCAGGAAAAAAGAAAGCUAAGGUUGUAGUGGUGGAGGAAGAAGAAGAUGAUGAUGACGACGACGAAGAUAUGUCAUUAAUUCUUUCUGCUGCUGAUCUUGGUGAUGACGAUGAUGAUGAUGACGAUGAUUAUGAAGAUGCUGAUGAUGAUGAUGAUGAUGAUGAUGAAUUGAACGAUGAAAUAGAAAAACAGAUAACAGCUAAAAAAGUGAAGCCAGUGAGCACACCAAAAAGUGGAAAGAAAUCUGCUGUUAACACUCCAAAGAGUGAAGUGAAGGCCACACCACAGCAGAAAAAGGAACAAACACAGAAUGGUUCAGAGACAACAGAAAGCACAAAAAAGAAAAAGAAGAAAAAGAACAAAGAGAAAAAAGAUGACAAAGAAAAGACCCCAGGUCCAGGAGGAGAUGCAAAAAAGGUCAAGACGCCCAAGAAGGCUGUUUUAGCUGGCGGCACUAUCAGUGAAGAAAUCAAAGUUGGUCAUGGGCUAGAAGCCAAGAGAGGGAAAAUGGCACAUGUAUACUACAAAGGGACACUAGCUAAGAAUGGUAAACAGUUUGAUUCCUGUACUGGUGGUAAACCUUUCAGGUUCCGACUCGGCAAAAAGGAGGUGAUCAGUGGAUGGGACAAUGGUGUGGUUGGUAUGAAAGUUGGAGGGACAAGAAAACUGACAGUGCCUCCACAACAAGCAUAUGGGAACCAGAGAACAGGGCCAAUACCCCCUAAUAGUACACUUGUGUUUGAGGUCGAGUUAAAGGCCGUCAGCUGAUUGGACAAAAUUAAAAUGUUAAACAAAUAUAAAAA